ACGUUCUAUUUUUUUUUAUAAAGGGUAGGGGUCAUUAAGUAACAGAAUUUUCGGAAAUCUAAGUCCGACAGUUUGCCGAAAUUUCGUAAUCAUAUCGAUUUAAUCAUGUCAAGACUGACUCGUUGAAAUAUUAACGUCACAAGCAAUCCUAACGAAAACACGUAAACGCGAAUUGUAGCCCAUGAAAACCGUAAUUCAAUUUACGUGGUUAACGCCUCAUGAAAACAUGGCAUGGCUAAGAGAUUAUUCAAUACUAAAAAAUAAAAUGAAUAAUGUCACAACUGAUAUUAUGUACUAUAUUAAAGAAUUCGGUCAUUGACAUUACAAAUAAAUUUUCACGAUAUCACGCGAGUUUUAUUUUUUUAAGACGUAAUUCACAGUUUAUAUUUCAUGAGAACGCUGGCAUACUUGCAGACGCACGAUGCUGUAGAAAGGGAUGACGUCACUAACACAGACCGAUAAUAUGUUCAGUAUUAACGAGAAUUCCUAACAAGAAAUGUCAGUCGGACACGAAACGCCGUCGCUAUAAUUUCGUCGAUUGUUAUUCUUUCUUUCUCUCUCUCUCUCUCUCUCUCUCUCUCUCUCUCUCUCUCUCAAAUUUUUUUUUACACGUAAACACAAUGGAGACGUGGGCGAUGAUCUUGGCCGUCGUGACAGUGGCACUUAGCAUUUAUUACUAUACCUUUAAGAACGUGAAUUACUUUAAGAAAAUUGGUUUACCGUAUAUACAAGCAUGGCCGAUAUUGGGCAGCAUGGGUUCAGCAUUUUUACGAAGAAAAACGGCAGCCGAUGUAACUAUUGACGCUUACAAUUUCUAUCCGGAAGCCAAAUAUAUCGGUUUCUUCGAUUUCAACAAUCCAGUAGUGAUCGUACGUGAUCCUGAAUUGAUAAAAAUGAUCGCUAUAAAGAAUUUUGAUUAUUUCACGGAUCAUCGAUCCUUCGUAGACGGCGAACAUGAUCCGCUCUUUGCGAAGGCAUUAUUUUCCUUGCGAGGUAACGAAUGGAGAGAAACUAGAACUAUGCUAAGUCCUGCAUUUACGUUAAGCAAGCUUAAAGGUAUGCUCAAAUUGAUGAACGAAUGCGGAGCGGAUUUUACGGAUUAUAUAUAUAAAAUGCCAAAAGAUAAAAGAACUAUAGAAAUGAAGGACGUAUUCGCGAGAUAUACCAAUGAUGUAAUAGCCACGUGCGCCUUUGGCAUCAGUAUUAAUUCUAUGAGAGAUCGUGACAAUGAUUUUUACGUUCUUGGUGGAAAGGCAACCAAAUUCGACAGUAUUAAAACACUUAAAUUCAUAAUCAUGCGAGGUUUUCCAACGAUUUCGAAAUUAUUAAAAAUUAGGCUAAUACCCGAUAAGAUUAGCAAUUUCUUCAAAAACGUCGUCAAGGAGGUAAUCAAUACUAGAGAUAAAAAUAAUAUUGUAAGAGCGGACAUGAUACAAUUAAUGAUGGAAGCUAGAAAUAAGAAAGCUGAAAUGGGACAAGAAUUAAUUUUGAUGGAUAUAGUAUCUCAGGCGUUCAGCUUCUUCUUCGGUGGCUUUGAUAGCGUCUCCACGGCCAUGUGUUUCACAUGUCACGAAAUUGGCGUCAAUUCGAAUAUACAAAAGAGAUUACAGAGAGAGAUCGAUGAAGUUAUUGAAAGGACUAAUGGUGAUUUAACAUAUGACGUAAUUAACAGCAUGCAAUAUCUAGACGCCGUGAUAAACGAAUCCCUAAGGAGAUAUCCAAUUGCUGUAAUCAUUGACAGAUUGAGUGUCGAUAAUUUCGAACUACCACCAAGUUUACCUGAAAGUAAACCCUUACUACUGAAAAAAGGCAUGAAUAUAUGGUUCCCAGUUUAUGGACUUCAUCAUGAUCCGAAAUAUUUCGAGGAUCCGUACAAAUUCGAUCCCGAAAGAUUCAUGGAACGCGGAAAGGAGAUUAUCAAUUCCGGUGUUUACUUGCCCUUCGGAUUGGGACCUAGAAUAUGCAUUGGUAAUAGAUUCGCUUUAUUGGAAAUGAAAGUCUUGAUAUUCCAUUUGUUGGCAAGAUGUAAUCUGGUGCCCUGUUCAAAAACUCAGAAUCCAUUACGUUUAUCCAAAAAAGGAAUUAGCAUGUCGGCAGAAAAUGGAUUUUGGAUGAAUUUUGAAAACAGAAACGACGUUCAUCCUGCCCUUAAGAAUUUUCUAUCCAAUAACGUUACUGAUAGUACUGAUGGUAGUACUGAAACCGAAGCGUUCACCAAUGGCGUUGCUGUUAGUCAUAUGGUCAAAUCUUAAGAGAUAAACGAGGAAUUAGGAAAAAAUAGUUUUAUCUGAAUCGAAUGAAUCCGUAUAGAUGUAUAAUAUGCUAAUAAAAUUUUACGUAACUAA